AUGAAAUCAACUUUAAUCAUUUUAUCUAUACUAUUUAUUUCAACUUUAUUCCUUGGAGGUGUCAUUUCAGAGAAAUGUAAUACCUCACUCUUUUAUCAAAUUCAACAUGUUCAUUACCAACUACAGCUUGUUCAGAAUCAUUGGAUUGUUUAUACUCUCAAUUCUGUAAUACUACCACAUCCACAUGUCAAAAUCGUUGUACAGUAG